CUUACACAGUCCACACUGCCUUGUACUUUCCACUCCCUCCAGUGAAAAGCUCAAGUGAGUCAAGAAUAUGAGCUCAACACUUUAGAAGGCUAACGCUGGAGUGCCGAGUUGAACACCGGGUCCUCAGCUUACAUCUAUCGAAUCAACCCGAUAAACCGAGUUCCAACGCGACUCAUAACAAGUCGAUGCUAGUCAUCUAACCUGCCAUGGAGGAAGAGAAGCCAACCGAGGGGCCACUCACAAAGCCUUGUGUGAAGUGUCGUGCUCAGGAGGCGACGCUUGAGAGCAGAACGCACGCCGUUUGCAGAAAUUGCUUCACAAAAUUCAUUGCGGGGAAAUGCAUCAAACAGAUCGGCCUCCUGGGCAAAGAGACCCGUCACCCGCAAUCCACAGCCGGCGGGCCACCCAACACCACCCGCCGCUACCUGCUCGGCCUCUCGCUCGGUGUCUCUUCCACCGUCCUGCUGCACCUCCUCAACGAAAAUAUCGAGUUCCAGCUCGCCAAGGGCCGCAACGCGCCCUUCGAGCUGAGGGUCGUCCACAUCGACAACGCCAUCCUUCAUAAGCCCCAGACGAUCUUCUCGCCAACCCAACAAGCCCUAAGCCGCCUUGUGCGACGCUACCCGCGCUUCCAGUUCCAGUGCAUCCCUCUCUCUUCGGUCCUCACCGACCUCGACCUCACCUCCCUCCCACUGCCCCCGGGCACGAGCCAGAGCAUACGAACCCUGCUCACCACGCUCCCAACCGCCGCCUCCCGCGAGGAUAUCCUCCGCCUGCUGACGCGCCAAGCCCUGAUCUCGCUCGCCCGCACACAGCACUGCCAGGCCCUGCUGCUGGGCCACAGCACGACAGCGCUGGCGGAGCUGACCCUGGCCGAGACGGCCAAGGGGCGCGGGUACGCGCUGCCUUGGCUGAUUAAUGACGGACCUGCUCCGUCACAUCCCGACGACGAGGAGGAGGAGGAGGAGGUGGUGGUGGUCACAAACGGGGCCGGCAACGACAAGCCGUCAUUGUUAAUCUACCACCCGCUACGGGACGCGCUGCGCAAAGAGCUGGUGACGUAUGCGCGGCUGAUAGACCCGCCGCUUACCGAGCUCGCGGUGACCGGUGCCGACGGGCACCAGAACGGGGCCCCAGCGGUGGUUUCGCAUCGGGAUUUGACUAUUGAAGAGGUGAUGGACCGGUAUUUCGCCGAGGUGGAGGAGAAUUACCCGUCCGUGGUGGCCAACGUCGCCCGGACGACGGGCAAGCUGGUGAGGGCCGGGGAAGAAGCGAGAGGAGGAGGAGAAGGGGGAGGGGAGAGGUGUGGGCUGUGUGGCAUGCCGCUUGACGAGAUAGGGGAUGAGCGCUGGAGGGGGGAGUUGGGGCUGGGGACGGGGAUAAAGACGGCAGACGGGCAGGGGAGGUUGUGUUAUGGUUGUGAGAGGUCGACAGCCGGGUGAUGGAACAUGUGCCAUAAAUAGAUGCAGCAAAGGAAUCUGUUUUGCGGGCAGAUGCACCGCGGCUGGUUCAUUUUUUUGCGGCGCCGAGGUGAGCCGGCCCUUCCCCGUCACCCCCGUCCCCGUUUUCUACCGCAGCUGGUGGCCGGGCGCCCUCCCACUUUGCCUUUAUGGCCUUACAAGCGAGCCUGGUAUAAUACGCGGCACUCAAACCGGGCGCCUCCAAAUGCAGAUCUACGCUACCCAAGGCUUCCAAACGCCA